GUGUCGUCAGCCAGGCACCGGUGGCGUGGGUUUCUCUUGUCAAACUGGGAUACUACUUCUACUGUUUCUGCUGUCUAAACAAUAAAACAAUUCUCCAAAUUGCUCGUAAUUUGGGUCGAAAUGACGGAGCGGAAGGGAACUGCAAAGUUAGACUUCUUGAGAAAGAUUGAGAUAGAGGUCCAGGAGAAAUGGGAGAAGGAAAAGGCAUUUGAAUGUGAUGCACCGACAACAGUUGGGGAAAGCACACACAAAAACAAAUUCUUUGUCACCUUCCCCUACCCUUACAUGAAUGGCCGAUUGCACCUUGGUCACACGUUCAGCUUGUCAAAAUGCGAGUUUGCUGUUGGUUACCAGUCUCUGAAAGGGAAGAAAUGCCUCUUCCCAUUUGGGCUCCACUGCACAGGAAUGCCAAUCAAAGCCUGUGCAGACAAGCUGAAGAGAGAGAUGGAGCUUUAUGGAAACCCUCCACAGUUUCCAGAUGAGGAUGAGGAGGAGAAGGAGAAGCCAGAGACAUCUGAUGAAUUCAUCAUCAAGGACAAAGCAAAGGGCAAGAAGAGUAAAGCAGUGGCCAAAUCCGGAACUGCCACUUUCCAGUGGGACAUUAUGAGGUCUCUGGGCUUGAAGGACCAGGAGAUAACCAAGUUUGCCAAAGCUGAACACUGGCUGGAAUACUUUCCUCCUCUGGCUGUUAAAGAUCUCAAACUGAUGGGAGUCAAGGUAGACUGGAGGCGUUCAUUCAUCACCACCGAUGUGAACCCCUUUUAUGACUCAUUCGUCAGGUGGCAGUUCAUCACGCUAAAGGAGCGAAAAAAGAUCAAGUUUGGCAAAAGGUAUACCAUCUUCUCCCCCAAGGAUGGACAGCCAUGUAUGGACCAUGACCGGCAGACAGGAGAGGGAGUUGGACCUCAGGAGUACACUCUCAUCAAGAUGAAAAUAAUUGAACCCUACACAGCAAAAUUCAAGUCCAAAGUCUUUUAUAGCAGCGCCAUGAAAGGCAAAACCAUCUAUGUGGUUGCUGCCACUCUGAGACCAGAGACCAUGUUCGGUCAGACCAACUGCUGGGUAAGGCCUGACAUGAAGUAUGUUGCCUUUGAGACAACCAGCGGGGCCAUCUUCAUCUGCACCAGCAGGUCUGCCAGGAACAUGUCUUUCCAGGGCUUCACUAAAGAGAAUGGAGUGGUCCCCGUGGUCAUGGAAAUACUGGGACAGGAUAUUCUUGGCUGUGCCCUGAGUGCUCCUCUGACCUCCUAUAAGACCAUCUAUGCUCUGCCCAUGCUCACCAUCAAGGAAGACAAAGGUACGGGGAUAGUUACCAGUGUGCCUUCUGAUGCUCCUGAUGACAUCGCUGCUCUCAGAGACCUCAAGAAAAAACAGCCUCUGCGGGAGAAGUAUGGAAUCGAGGACAAGAUGGUGUUGCCUUUUGAGCCAAUCCCCAUCAUAGAGAUACCAGGCUAUGGUAACCUAUCGGCUCCUUUGGUGUGCGAUGAGUUGAAGAUCCAGAGCCAGAAUGAUAAGGAGAAGCUGGCCGAGGCCAAGGAGAAAGUCUACCUGAAGGGAUUUUAUGAAGGGAUCAUGCUGGUUGAUGGCUACAAGGGGCAGAAGGUCCAGGAUGUCAAAAAGCCCAUCCAGAAGAUGAUGGUGGAGGAGGGCGAGGCUAUGAUCUACAUGGAGCCAGAAAAACAGGUCAUGUCACGUUCAGCUGAUGUGUGCGUGGUGGCUCUCUGUGACCAGUGGUAUUUGGACUAUGGGGAUGCAGAGUGGAAGCAGAAGGCUAACGAAGCCCUCAAAUCUUUGGAGACAUUUUGUGAAGAGACCAGGAGAAACUUUGAGGCAACUUUGGCCUGGCUACAGGAGCAUGCCUGCUCUCGUACCUAUGGACUUGGAACGCGGCUGCCUUGGGACGAGCAUUGGCUGAUUGAGUCACUAUCAGACUCCACCAUCUACAUGGCUUACUACACCGUAGCACACCUUCUCCAGGGGGGGGUGCUCAAUGGACAGGGAGCCUCACCACUGGGCAUCAAGCCAGAGCAGAUGACCAGAGAGGUGUGGGACUUCAUAUUCUUUAAGACGUCCCCUUUCCCAAAGACAGACAUCCCUAAAGAGCGUCUCCAGCGGCUUAGGAGGGAGUUUGAGUACUGGUACCCCGUGGACGUCCGUGUGUCUGGCAAAGACCUGGUGCCCAACCACCUGUCUUACUACCUGUACAACCAUGUGGCUAUGUGGCCCAAAGACAAGGUUAAGUGGCCACAAGCAGUGCGAGCCAAUGGACAUCUGCUCCUCAACUCUGAAAAGAUGUCCAAAUCAACUGGAAACUUCCUAACUCUCUGCCAAGCCAUUGACAAGUUCUCAGCGGACGGUAUGCGUCUGGCUUUAGCUGAUGCUGGGGACACGGUGGAGGAUGCCAACUUUGUAGAGACCAUGGCUGACGCUGGCAUCCUGCGCCUCUACACCUGGGUAGAGUGGGUGAAGGAGAUGAUUGCCAACCAGAACAACCUGAGGACAGGACCUGCGGACACUUUCAACGAUCGUGUCUUUGCCAGCGAGAUAAAUGCAGGCAUCUUGAAGACGGAGCAGCACUAUGACAGGAUGAUGUACAAGGAGGCUCUGAAGAGUGGCUUUUUUGAGUUCCAGGCAGCCAAAGAUAAAUAUCGUGAGCUUGCUAUCGAGGGCAUGCACAAGGAUCUCGUCUUUCAGUUCAUAGAGAGGCAAACUCUGCUGCUGGCCCCCAUCUGUCCACACCUUUGUGAAUAUACUUGGGGUCUGCUUGGCAAGACCAGUUCUCUGAUGAAGGCAUCGUGGCCUGUCGCAGGUCCAGUAGAUGAGGUGCUGAUCCGUUCUUCUCAGUACCUGAUGGAGACCGCACACGACCUCCGGCUGAGACUGAAGGCAUACAUGCAGCCCCCCAAAAACAAAAAAGGCGACUCAAAGCCCCCAGCCAAGCCUUCCCACUGCAACAUCUAUGUUGCCAAGAGCUACCCUCCGUGGCAGCACAGUGCCUUAUCUCUGCUCGGCAAGCACUACAAGAGCAACAAUGGAGCCCUUCCAGACAACAAAGUGAUCGCGAGUGAGUUGGGAGCCCUGCCUGACCUAAAGAAAUACAUGAAGAAAGUCAUGCCUUUUGUAGCUAUGAUCAAGGAGAACCUGGUGAAGAACGGGCCAAGGGUCUUGGAUCUGGAGCUGGAGUUUGAUGAGCGGGUUGUUUUGAUGGACAAUCUGGUCUACUUAACCAAUUCUCUAGAGUUGGAACAGAUUGACAUCUUGUUUGCAUCUGAGGGUGACGACAAAGUGAAGGAGGACUGUUGCCCAGGGAAACCAUUCUGUGUUUUCAGAUCAGAGCCUGGAGUUUGUGUGUCCCUGGUCAACCCUCAGCCGUGCAACGGCCAGUUUUCUACAAAGGUUGAUAUCCGACAGGGAGACAGCGGAGACAGCAUCAUCCGUAGGUUAGCCAAGGUCAACAGACUCAUUAAAGAUCUGUCCAGAGUCAAGUUGAUGAGGUACGAGGACCCUGUGCUGGGGCCUCGCCGAGUGCCCGUCCUGGGACUCGAAGAACAGGGCAAACUGCCCAUCUCCAACAAGUCGGUGUUCAACAUCAAUCUGGAGGAGAAAAGGGUCACUCUGGCUGACAACGGCCUCACUGUGGACAUCGGGAACUCUCUGGUUUAUCUGGUUCAUUAGAGUUACAUUCUCUCUCUCUCUUACACACACACACAAACACAUACACACAAGCAUGUGUUAGCACAUUCAGCGGUGAAUUAUUUGUGAAAGGUUAAAUUGCGUCAAUAAUUGUGGCCAAAAAAGCUAAUUUUGACUCAAAGCCAUAGAACACUGACGCAAACAUAUAUGUAUGUUUUGUAAAUCAUGUUUCUGUGGAUGUGAGCAUCUGAAACUAACUGGACCUCAAGAGUUGGCUUCUGUACACGUACAUCCGGAAUUGGUUUUGGUCUGCACAAAAAGAAGAUGGUUCUCCUAUUCCACAGGAAAAUUGGAGGCUGUUGGAUCUUUGGUACUAAAAUUAGGUUCUUUAAUGGUGUGAAAAAACAAGCGGUUUUGAAAAUAUCCUAUACUUUCCCCUAAGGAUUUCAUAUUGGAGGAUAACAACAGGAUUUGUAAUCUGUUUCUUUUUGUCGUCUGUUUAAAUUUAAUCUCUUAAUUUUUCUUAAUGACCCACUCCUAUUUUAUAUGGCGCGCAAUAAAUAAUUUGACUCUUGGAUCUUCUUUUUUUUUUUUCUGAAGGGGAUGAACAAAAGCCUUAUUAUUUCACUCGCCGACCACAUAUUGUAUUCAGUUGUCAGACUGCUCCUGCAUCCUCCUGAAUGCCUGUUGUUUUCAUAUGAAUGGUAAUGUGUCUGCUGUGGUGUUUUAUACAUUGUAGGUGAGGCAUAUCAUUCCCUCAUGUUUUGUCAUCCUGUCACACAGCUUUCCUAUUUUCUAGGAGUGGAUGAUGCUUGUAUCACUUGGGCUUUCCAGAGAAAUAAUAAAACUUAUGAAAUAUUCA